GCUCCGUCUGGCCCACAGAGUCGUCCCACGGGGGUGCGGGGGACACAGCCGAGGAGCAAGCGCUGAAAACUUGCAACGCGCCCGGGCGAAAGCGAACGACGCCGUCAUCUGGUCGGUGGUGGUUGGUGGUGGUAGUGGUUCCGCGCAGAGCAGCUUUCCUGGACGGCUGCCGCCUCCGUCAGGUUGUCUCUCACCUGUGCGCACCUUCUCCGCCGCUGUGUGGCCUCCACUCUCGCCUUUGCGCGUUUUACAUUUUUUUUUUUACUUUCUUCCGUUGUGAAUUGCUCUCUCCCUGCGUGUGCGUGCGUGCGUGUGUGUGUCUGUGAGUGCGACAGGAGGAGAGGUGUAGGACGAAGGGAUGGAGAGUGCGAUGCUCUGAGUCUCCGCAAGCGGCUGCCGCGAUCUCGCCGAACCACCUGUAGCCAGCGAGAGCGCGUUGUUUGGCCGGCCAGCAGGACAGGCCGCCAGUCAGUCGGCAAUAGGGGGGUCCCAUCUCGGACCGCCAGUGCGUUUGUGGUGUAUAGCUGCCGUGCUCCGGGUACUUUCGGGAUGAAUGUCUGGAUAACCCUGCUCGCCCUGAUCGUCACCUUGCAGACCGGAAUUCCGCAAAAUGCAUCCGGUGCGCAUCACAAGUUGGCACGACGGCAAGCGGUGAGGCAACCAAGGCCAGGUUUCCGGCUGGUUCGUGCCCGCGUGAGGUCCACAACCUCCACGACCACGGCGAGCCCCGACGACUACUACUACUACGAGGUGCCCGAGGAUAGCCACACGCAAGCACCGACUCGACCACCCUUCAGGGGUCGCGGACGCGUGGUCGGUCGGUUCAGGGGUCGCGGCCAGCAGAGGCCGGCGCCGAAUCCCAUCCCACCGCCACCGUCCUAUGAGGAGGAGCUGGAACACUACGGGUACAGCUUCGGGCCUCCUAAGCAGACGUCCUCGACGACGACAACGACGACGACGACGACUACGACAGCCGCGCCGACGGAUCCUCCCAAAACGCUCUCGCCCAACUACAGGCAGCGCGCGGACGGUCGCAUCAUCGACUUCUACGCCGACCCGAACUUCCCGCGCGAACUGAAGGGAGCCGACCUGACCGACUACCCGUUCUACGAGAACCUGCCCGAGGACAUCAACUUCGACUGCAGCAAGUGGCACGACGGGUUUUACGCCAGCAUACCGCACAAGUGUCAGUUGUUCCACUACUGCUACGGCGGUCUGCGUUACGACUUCCUGUGUCCGAACUACACGCUGUACGACCAGACCACCUUCACGUGCCGCUUCAUCAACACGGUUGAGUGCGAGAAGUCCGAGAAGCACUACGACCGCAACGAAGCGCUUUACAAGGAGACUACCACGGUGCCGCCUUCUACCGUGCCUCCUAGGCCUCCUCCGCCCCCACGCAAGAAGCCAUCGCCACUCAAGAAGAAAACGACAAGCACCACCACCACCACUACCGAAGCGCCGGAUGACUACGAGGAGUACGAGUACGAGGAAGACGAGACAACGACGACGGAAACAACGACGACAACGACGACGACUCCUAAGCCUAAGCGGCGAAGACUUAGGCCGCGUCUAAGGGGCUCCGGAGGUCGGAGCCCUCCGGGUGGUAAAAAGUAGGCCCAGACGCUCGUUCUACAACAGUGUCAUCGUUCAACUGCCAUUCACGGAGCUGUCGAAGCUGUGUAGCGGCUUACGCUACACCAGCGAGGCGUUUACGCUUGCGAUGAUUCGCACGUAAUGAUGCGUGUUCGAAAACAUUUUCCCGUCAUGUUCAGGUUUUUCUCGCUCGUAUCCGGCUUGAAGCUCCGGGGCAUGAUACGUAAAAUUAUGCUGUUCUUUUUUUUGGACAUUCAUUUUUAGCGAGUUGAAAUUGAUGUUGAGUCGUAUGCCUCGUCGUUAUUUUCUCGUGUCACGUCUGGCAAGAGCAAGCUGAGACAGAUUGCCAAUCACUUGCAUCCUCGAGAAGCAGUGUUCAAAUAGGAGUCACUAAUACAAUUUUGACACCAAAACAGAUUCCUACAGUAAUAACUUGCUUUAUUUCUGAACACAGUAGUCUCUUAAGACGUAGUAGCAAGAUCCGCUGCACAAUUUAUUCCUGGAAAAUUAUGCAGUUUCGUUAAAGGUUCCUUCUCUUUUCUUUGUUUGAGCCAAAUCGCUGCUUUUAAGUCGAAAUUUUGAGAGAUGUGCUUACUUCAGCACUGAUAAGUAGAGGUGGACCAAUGUAAACUUUGUCGAAUACGAAUUGAAUAAACAUAGUAAGUAAUCAACAUAAAAUCGAAUAAUGAAUAGCCAAAUGUAGACGCAUAUAUUUACAGCAGCAGUAAUUAUUUUGUUAUAAUUAGGCACCGCACUCAUACUGACCAGCGAAGAAAAAAAGAGAAGUACCAGGGACAAUCAUCAUUAGUUUUAAGCACAAGAUUGUCAUAAAAGAAAACUGCAUGAAAAGCCUCUCCACAUCUUUAGAGUCUGCUUGCAAAUAAGAUUUCCGAGAAUGAAUGACUACUGUAUGACUAGCUUUCCAAAAAUGCUCAUUAAAUGGUGGAGGAAAAAAAAUGCUGCUGAAAGACUUGUGCGCUACGUAUACAAUAGGGGCCGUUGUAAGAAAACAUCACUUGUAGUGCAAUAGAUAAAACUGGUAAAUGACUAGGCUACCGAAAACACUAAACAGACUGCAAGCAAAAAUCACAGGUUGUCAUUAGGCUUCUGCCACGAAAACGAAAACAAAACUUACAUUACCCAUUUUGUUUCUGCUUUGUUUCGAAAUUUUCUUGUUUCACUUUUGAUAAUUUGCGAUAGUUUGUUUAGCAGACGCAGGAUAGUAAGCAGACUAUAGCAGCUGGUAUUUGCAAAAAGGUUUAACUGCUUGAGUAACACAUUUCUCGAAACUACGUCUUCAUAGUGCGGCACUACAUUUCUUAAAACAAACGUGCGGCGCAAUAGCAUCUUUAACAAGUUCUUGCGAAAAAAAAUGCUUUCGUAAGAUGCCACGACAAGCACCGUUCUUAUGGACUACGUCUUAAUGUCAGGGCAACUGCGGGACAUCUAACAAAUGAUGAGAUAUUCACUUGGGUGGCAGACAUGGUGGAUGCUCAGUCUUUCACAUAAUAGAAAGGCAUGCGGGGAAGAACGAAAUAUGAAUGUACAACAGCUCAUUUACACUUUCCCAAGGGCCACUCAUCGCAGUGCGUAUUUUUAAGGAGUAAGGCUAAGAGCCUAGUCAGAAGCACAGAGUGCAUCAAGGCGUUUACGUUUAAGAAUGGUGCCGCUUGAGGCAUACUAGGAACUGCCGCUUUGAAGCUCGAAAUACUAUGUCACUGUCUUGUAUGGUUGUCCUUGCGUGAAUGGAGAGUCAACAGGGGUGAAUAUACAUUGACGCGUUUGCCUUCUCUGGGCCGAACAGGUUCUGUGCCUUACCUAAACGAACGCUUCGGACGCAAAACGCAGGUUAUUUAGAUUGUGCUUGGGAAUUACGUCGGAACUAUUUUACGCCAUAUUCGAGUGAGGCAUACGUGCUCCGUCAUAUCUGUGUUGUUUUGAGACAUAUCAUGAUGUUCCACGUUACGUGCGCGAUUUUUUCUUGUCAGCGCGAGCACCCUCGAAGACAGCACAGGACUUCUCUGCAUUUUCUUGUGUGAGGUACUUACAGUACCACGCUGCAAUAGGAAGACAGGCAUCCGAAAUGUUUAGGAUAUCGUGAUUCAACAUCGCGAUCUUAUGUUUUGUUGUCGUUCGUGCGCGUGACAGCUAUAUUCCUAGUUGUCCGUAUACAAUUUUGGUAGGCGAUUGUUGCUAGUGUACUUCGAAAAAAUUUCACAGUGGCCGUGAACGCCUCUCGUGUGGUUUUUCUUGUAGAGCAAUGUAAUAAAAAUAUGUUUGUUUGCUUGUUCUUUCACGAA